CUGCACAACAAUAUAUCCCACCGCAGGACCGCGACGGUGCUCGUGAGGGAUCCAUGACGACGAUACUACCCUAGCUUCAUCAUUUUCCUGCACUCUACGGCAGCAGAGUUCUAUUGUUGCAUGGCGACGAAGCCACCAUAAAGACGGUGGUUGCAGUGAGAGAGGCGACAAUCCUGGGAAUAACCGCGAUCCUCCUGAUGUCAACGAUGCAGCAUGGAUCAGGCAGCGAUGAUGCUAGCUCAGCACCUUGUCGAUAAAUUGCAACAGACACCGACCAAUGACCGACUCCUGGUGGGCAUCUGUGGAAUCCCAGCAUCGGGGAAGUCUGUAUUUUCGGACCUCCUAGAACAACACACGAACGAGCUACUGGAGAAAUCAGGACAACAAUCUCGCGCAGUGCUCGUCGGUCUCGAUGGAUGGCAUCUCACUCGGGCUCAGCUGGACCAAUUUCCUGACCCCAAAUUGGCGCAUUCCAGACGUGGGAUUCAUUGGACAUUCGACGGCCCGGCUUACCUUACAUUCGUGAAGAGUCUUCGCGCGCCGUUGGAUGCGUCGCCCAUCAUCACUGCCCCAUCUUUCGACCAUGCAGUCAAGGAUCCGACUCCAGACGCAGUCACUAUUCGACCUCACCACCGUAUCGUCAUCAUCGAAGGGCUGUAUACCUGCUUAGCUGUUGAUCAUUGGGCAGAGGCUGGUCGUUUGCUAGACGAACGCUGCUACCUUCGUUUGGACAUUGAGGAGGCAAGGGAGAGGCUGGUGAAGCGUCACGUAUUAACGGGGAUCACCCAGACAUUGGAUGAUGCCCACAUUCGUGCAGAGCAGAAUGAUAUGCCCAACGGUGCCUUCAUUAUUGAUAACAUGUUAGAGCCCACGAGAAUCAUCGACAGCAUUGAAGACCCUACCUUCAAGCUCGCUUGAAAUGACAAAGGGUUGUUGUAGGAGCGCAAGAAAUCUGACAUUAGCCUCAUUAUUAUAGGACAGUAUCUGUGUUCGGCUCCUGUUUCUGUGCAGACCCGAGAAAGCAAACCUAGACACUUGUGUGCUAAAUUUUAUUACCGUGCUACUAACUGACAUUCCCAUGGUAGGACCUGUGAAACAGUUCAAGAUUUUUUCAUUGUGAAUACAUUCGUAUGACAAUUGGAACCGUUUAAU